GAAAUGAAGCGAUAAGCUUACAGCGGGGAUUCACAGUAAGUAAAUUUUCGAAAUACAUAAGUGCUUGAAGCGCAUCAUUCGACUCAGCACAUCUAACAUGAAGUAUCUGAUUCCGGUGGCGUUUCUACUGUUUUUCAUUGGUCAUUGUCGCGGGCAUUUUAUAGCACUAGUACCAAAAGUUGUCGAUGAAAAUUUUACGAUUGCAUUAACGAAUUUAAACUCUGGAAAUGAUUCGCGGUAUGAACUGAUACUUCAACAUGAAAAAACCACUUUGAAGGAAGUUGUUUCCAUCCAGGAUUAUGAAACUGUUUUAGUUCAUUUUGCGGCUAAACGGUUUCAAAGUAGUCAGUAUACGUUUGUUAUUCGAAAUCUUGGCGAUCCGGGCAUAAAUUAUGAUGUACACUUAGAAUCGAAACGCAAAUCGGUGCUUAUCCUAAUCCAAACGGAUAAGCCCAUUUACAAGCCAGGCGAGACAGUGAAAUUUCGAGUGUUAGUGCUUGACCACGAUAUCAAACCUUUGAAAAAUGUAAAAAGCAUAAACGUUGCCGUUACAGAUAGUAAAAAUAAUCUCAUUUAUAAAUGGAACUACGCAAUGCUACAAGCGGGAGUUUUUCAAUCACAGCUCGAAUUGGCACAUUUUGUGGCUUUGGAAGACUGGAAAAUCACUGCCUUAGCAGGAGAAGGCGGAAAGAAAGAAAAAACCUUCAUCGUUGCCGAAUAUGUGCUUCCAAAACAUGAAAUCAAAAUCAGAUGUUUAAAACUCAUCACAGCGAAAGAUAAGUUCAUACCGCUAAUAAUCGAUGCAAUUUAUACAUUUGGAAAACCAAUAAAAGGAACUUUAUCAGUGUCAAUUGAGGAUACAAACAUAAUGACACAUAUGGAAAUCCAUGGACGGGCCUUCGUUGACAUUGAUUUACCAAUUAUUGAACUGCGCGAGAUUAACGUGCUAGUUAGUGUUAUCGAUUCUGAGUCAAAGCAUAUUUUUCGAUCUAACCAAAAAUUUUCAAUCUUCGAAGCAUCGCACAAGAUUACACUGCGUAAAUCGUUUGAAAAAAUCUUACCAGAGACACCAUUCCGAUGCUGGAUUUCUUUGACCGAUCCAUUUGGAAAACCUUUAAAAUACCCCGAUGUUGUAAAAGUGACAGUAACGCAUGAAAUACCAUAUUGGCUAGACAAAUCGUACACAAUUGAAGGGAAACCAAAUGAGAAAGGCAUGCUCCCACUUAACAUCGAAACCAUCAACAACACUGAGAAACUGCAACUCAAGGUAGAGUACUCUGGUGAAAUUACAAACUUCGUGGUGCACAGUGAAGCCAAAUCGGAAGAACAUGAGCCUCCCUUCAUGUUUGCUUUCGUGUUAACUGAAAACCUUGAACUCAAUCAACCCGUUCAGUUCCUAGUGACCAGUUCUUUUAAAAUACGAAUGAUAGUCUAUUUCAUAUUAUCACACGGAGAGAUUGUCGCUACAAAAACGUUGAAAGUAAAUAGGCGAUGGACGAUUUUCGAAGAAACUGCAAACUAUCGUAUGGUCCCGAAAGCCAGUUUAGUUGUUAUUGCCGUUCAUAAUAAUACGAUGAUCAAAGCCACAGCAAACUUAGUAGUUGAAGAUCUUCCGAAUUUCGUAAAUUUAACGCUUUCUAGAACUAAACUGGAACCUGGUGAAGAGUUGAAAAUAUCUGCGAAGUCACAUCCAGGCUCAGAAAUAGGUUUGCUGGCAAUUGAUAAGGGCGUGCUAACGCUAGCAGAUGGUAACGAUAUAACUAAGGGAAUUGUUUUCGAUGAGUUUAAUGAUGAUUUCCGGAGUUUCAAUCAAGAGGAAUCAGGAUUUCUUAUGCUUUCCGAUUUUUCAAGUCCUUUAAAACCAUUACUAAUCGAUUCAAACUUAUUUGCCGCACGGCUAGGCGAAGAUGAUGCAUCGGAAACCGCAUCGUACAUACGUCAAAACUUUCCCGAGAGUUGGCUGUGGAGCGACAUGGCACCAGUAGACUCAAACGGCGAGAUAAUUAUCAGCAGUAUAGUUCCCGAUUCCAUUACCAAUUGGCAAAUUAGUGCUUUUUCAAUCAGUUCGGCACGUGGACUCGGUAUAAUCGCUGCACCCAUUUCGUUGGACGUCCUAAAACGUUUCUUCGUUGUGGUAAAUUUGGCGUAUUCCAUACUGAAGACGGAGAUCGCCGUGGUGGAAGUUUUUAUUUUCAGCUAUUUAGAUACUGACCAAGAUACUAAACUGACGCUUUCGAACCAACGCAAGGAGUUCUACUUUGUUGAUCAUCAAAAUCAGACAUCCGACAAGUUGGAAGAAAUUAUAUCAAUUACGAUUCCCGCGAACAAUGUAAGAAAGGUAAAGUUCUUCCUUAAGCCACGCAGUUCAGGCGAACUUGAAAUAUUAGUGAAAGCAGAAACACCAACAGCUACCGAUGCCGUUCGAAGAUCAAUGCGUGUAACUCCCGGUGGAUUGCAGUAUUACCGUAAUAUAGCACGCUUCAUUGAAGUUGAAUCUUCCUCGCAGAACUUCCGUCAGUUGCAGCUGAUAAUUCCCCGGUCCGCCACGCCAGGUUCAGAAAAUAUUACAUUUUCGGUAGAAGGAAUUUUAAUAGGGGCAGCCUUGACGAAUCUUGGCGAUUUGAUUCGGUUGCCGUCUGGCUGUGGAGAGCAGAACAUGUUGAACUUGGUCCCGAGUGUAGUAGUUCUGGAUUAUUUGAGUAACACGGCAACACUAGACGAAACUACCAAGCAAAAAGCUAUCAAUUAUUUAGAGAAAGGCUAUCAGAAUCAAUUGAAAUACAAACUUAAUGAUGGGUCAUUUAGCGUUUUUGGGCAAAGCGAUGGUAAAGGAAGUGUCUUCCUGACAGCUCUCGUCGCCAAGACCUUCAAGAUAGCUAGUAAAUAUAUCACAGUGGACGCGGGUGUUAUCAAUUCUGCCUACAAUUGGUUACAAAGUCGACAAAGUCCUGAUGGGCAAUACAAAGAAUUGGGUAAAAUUCAUCAUCAAAAUAUCCAAGGCGGCUUAAGUGGAGGUGUGACGCUUACCGCUUACACGAUAACUGCUUUUCUUGAACAGAAAAAUCUUAAACAUCGGUACAAAACAGAAAUUGAAAAAGGAGCGGAUUUCAUUGCAGAGCGAGUUCGAAAUUUAAGUAGAUCUUAUGAUUUGGCCUUGGCAGCUUAUGCAUUGCAACUAGUCGGACAUUCGGGAAAGCGAUACCCUCUGGACAAGCUAUUGGAACAAUCGAAAAUAAACCCGGAACGCACAAUGCGCUGGUGGGACGACGGUUCUGCAAGUAUUGAAACCGCGUCGUACGUUCUUUUAACCAUGAUGAGUGCCGGAUUGUCAGUAGAUGCAAUGCCAAUUAUGCGUUGGUUGAUUUCCCAGCGGUAUGACAAGGGUGGGUAUGAUAAUACUCAAAACACUUUUGUAGGGUUGAAAGCACUAGCCGAGUACUCGUAUAAGUUAUCAGUUUCGCGAAAUAAUUACACCGUAGAAUUGUCUUAUGGUGACAAUCAAAGGCAGAAUAUUCAAGUCGACGCAAAGUCUUCAGUAAAGAGUCAGCUUCGUACAUUACCCGCGAACGUACGAAGCGUUGAUGUCUCGAUAACAGGCACAGGCUCGGGAGUCUUUCAGAUAGCCUAUCAAUAUAAUCAAAUCGCUGCAGACGACAAACCACGGUUCGAGAUAGUUAAUGAUGUACAUACUAAGAGCAGUGGAAAUGAUUUGCAGUUGGCCAUUUGUGCUCAUUAUACCCCUUUGCAUCGUGACGAAGUUUUAACUAAUAUGGUUUUAAUUGAGAUUCUCUUUCCCAGUGGAUACGUUCUAGCAGAUGAAACCAGGACAAAUUUGGAUACGGUUAAGAAAGUGAGAAAAUUCGAAGAAAAACGAGAUGGCACCCUCCUUGUACUUUACUUCGACGCGUUUUUACCAGAGGAGUUAGUCUGUGUUAACGUAACAGGUUUUCGAAAGGCCUUAGUACUCGGACAGAUUGCAGGCAGGACGAAAAUUUAUGAUUAUUACGAUCCUACUCGCGAAGCAAUCGAAUACUUCAACGUAGAAAAUGUUGAUCUUGAGAACGAAGUUGAACACUAGAUUGUACUUCUGACUAUCAAUUUCAAUAAAUUUCCUUUUAAAACAUAAAACUAAUAAUAAAUUCUAUUUAGAAACUCUGAA